AUGGUAGAAAAUUGGAUUUGUGAGCAGCUCAUCAAUGGAGCAAAAGAAAAGAAUCUUGUUGUGAAGGGACCAAUUCGCAUGCCCACAAAAAUACUUCGUAUUACAACGCGUAAAACGCCUUGUGGCGAAGGCUCAAAAACUUGGGAUCGAUUUCAGAUGCGGAUCCAUAAACGUCUGAUCAAUAUGCAUAGUCCAAGUGAUGUAUUGAAACAGAUUACAAGCAUUUCGAUCGAACCUGGUGUUGAUGUAGAAGUUACUAUCAAUGAUUCCUAA